AUUUUAACUCUAGAACUUUUUUUGCAGCCAAAACAGAUCCACGAAAUCAAAGAUUUUCUCCUAACCGCCAGACGGAAGGAUGCCAAAUGUAAGUAAACUUGUUUUCUUUCAGAAUACACUCCUGCAAUCGAUGUCAGAAUUUAUUAUGCAAAUCGAACGACUGCAGGACUGCGGGAGCAGUUUUUUAAGUUAGCUAGAUAUUACCUACUGGCCCGGGUAUUCUGCAAUCUAUCUUUGACCUCUGAAUAGUGGUAAAUAGCGAGGUUUGUCAUAUUUUACUUUUUGUGGAGAACUUGCAAAAUAAAUUACCACAUCAAAACUGCAUUUCUGAAAGAGAUUUAUACAUGACUUGAUAGUCCUGUGUUUCCUGCAUCUUUGUUAUGUUGUAAAAAUGACAAAUUGAAUUGUGUAGUUCCAGAAAAUAUCCAGACCCCCACCAUGGAGGGAAUUGGAAAUUCCAGUGGGGUGGGGGGGGUCAGAGGCCCAGGAAAUUCCCGAAGGGAGGGGGGUUGGACCAUAAAAUCACUCUACAGGGGGCCAAUAUCAUUUCGUUUUCGACCUGAGUUCGAACAUUGCUUCUUACCGACCUGGUAGAUCAUUUUUAGGACAUAAAUAACUUGAAAUAUAUGACUUAAGAUUGUUCCUUUUGAUCUUAACCAGGUUUCCUUUCUUCCAAAAGCGUUUUGGAUGUAAUUUCAAAGGAAUUAGACCGACUACAACUUGUUUUAUCGCAUGCUCGUAUAUUUGGCCGCCAUUACUCGUUACCAGUCUCCUCAAAACAUCAAUGCGUGCAACACAUCACGCAACACAUCACGUUGCGUCAGUCGAUUGAUAGAUCAGAAGAGUGGCAAUUUUGCUUCACAAAGCACAAGCUAUGCAUUGUAACCAUUUUAGAAUGUUGAGUUUUUAUUCUUCUUUUCAUUUUCCCUUAAUUUUGUGGUUGAACGUGUCGCAUGUUCAUGAUCAAAUUCUCGCUGAAAUGGUGUUGAUUUCACCAAACAUUUAUACGGCCAUCGCGCAUCACGUCGCAUCAGUCGAUCAAAGAGCAGUAAAUUGAACUUGGUUUCCCUUCAAGUACCUUCAAGAUGCAGGGGGUAUUCAUUGUUAUCAUUUCAGAAUUCAGAGUUUUUAUUCUCCUCUUUGUUUUGCAUUAAUUUUGUGGUCGUAAGUUUGACUUGUUCUGCAUUCCCUCACGAAAUGGCGUUAAUUCUAUCAACAUUACGCCCAUGAGACGAGUGUGUUUUAAUGUUGCAAGAUCACUCAAAUAAAUGGAAACAGAAGCAUACAAGCUUCUGAUGGAAACCGUUGGGUACUAACCAUAAGUUGCCUCAUUCUUCUACUUUAAUAGUCUUUCUUCGUGAAAAUGAACUUUUCCAGAGGGGUUGGGGGGUCUUUGUCACACUUGUGGAAAUUCAGAAGGGGUGGGUGGUCAUCAGUUCCCUGCAAAAAUGGAAAAUCCAGGGAGGUGGGGGGGUCCUAAGUGAAAUUCCCUCCGUGGUGGGGGUCUGGAUAUUUUCUGGAACUACACAUUCUGCCAUGAUGUUCGAAGUGCUUAAAGUCAAACCUCCUGCAAGCAACAACCCGAAAUACACAGAUUUAAUUGUUGCCUACAGGAGGUACGGUACCGCUCAAAAGUAAGUUGACAGUCUCGACUCAAUCCUCGAGACUCAAUCCUCGCGUCUUUAAGCUUGAACACUUCGAGUUUUGUGAUGUGAGGAUCGAGUCUCGAGUUUCGAGAAGCCAGGCUUCUAUGCGGAAUUAAUUUUGUUUUUAUGUUGUUCAGUCACCUAGCCAUUCAGAAAUUCGCACAGAUGAUCAGUGCUUGCGGUGCGGUGUUCUUUAACUGGUUGAAUUGCCAGCUUCGGCAAACUUUCAAUAAGCGUAAAUCAACAUUUUCAGAUUCGAAGAUUUAUUCUGCAUAUACAGUGUAUCACUCUUGAGUCUUGAGGAUGGAGACGCGAGUGACUGUCAACUUACUUUUGAGCAGUACUGCAUUUGCAUAUGAGAAUCAAACCACAGAGGUGAAACCGUGUAGGUGUCCCAACACACAUCUGCUUUUUGGAAGUGUAUUUAUUAUAUGCAGUUUCUGAGUUAUAAUAUACUGUAUUUACUUAAAUAAGUGUCGCCUUCGAAUAAGUGCUCCAUUUGAGAUGUGAAAAAUUUAAUAAGUGCCACAGUGCUUAUUUGAGGAAACAGGGUAUGUAGAUGUUGCAUAUUAAAAGUUCUUUGUAUGAUCUGAGUAAUGUUACCAGCACAUAGAGCAGUUUAGAGAUCUUCCGUUCAUCAAAUCAAGUGGUUAGGAAAAAAAAUGGAAUAUAUUUUUACAAAAUGGAAAAAAUGGAAUAUAUUUUUACAAAACUGUCGUCCCCCAAAAUGUUUUUUGUUACAAGAGGUUCCAACCAUAAGGCUGUGGGGAAAUUUUGGCAUUUUACCAACCCUCCAAGUUAAAGUUUUUGCUCGGUUGCCAUUUAGCAACCAACUCUUUUGGUUGAGGGAGACAUUUUACAAAUCAGUUGCCCAGCUCCAAAAUUUGAGGUGCCAUGGCAGCCAAAAUGGUCGCAACUUGGACGGUUGUUUACAAAGGUGGUUGCUUAUCAUUAGAAAUGGGUAGACCACCUUGGGUAGUUAUACAUGGUGUUAAGUUUUUGGUGAAUGUGUGAUCAUUAUGUUACCUUGUGCAAGGCCUGAAUUGUUUUCCAUUGUGUUUUGGCCCUAGACUUUUAUGUUUCAACCACUCCUUAUUAAACCCGCUUUUAAGAGGGCUUUUAUUUUGUACAUAGCUGUGAAAAUAAAGAAGAUAAAAGAUACUGUUAAGUUCAAGGUGCGAUGCAGUCGUUAUCUUUACACUUUGGUCAUUCAAGACAAAGAGAAAGCUGACAAACUCAAGCAGUCUCUGCCUCCAGGUUUGUUUGAAUCUGUUUCAUUAUUCUUCAGUUAUCAAAAGCAGUGCAUCAGGGCUUGA